CUAAUUACAGGCCACAGCACGGUGUCCUGAGCCUGGGCGUGGCUGCCAGAGUGAAACGCGAGCACCUGUCCAAUUACGGCUAUAAAAUAGACAGGUACUGGGACCUACAUUCGACAACAGUCCCUGAACACUGGCUGGUUAAGUCAAAAAAAUGGUGUUGUUUGAGCUGAUAAAUCCGGCUCCGCUGACUGAGGCUGUCAAGUCCCGCGAGGGGAACAUUUAUUUGUAUAGGGCCAUGUGGCUAAUCGGUUGGAUACCACCCAAGGAGGGAGCUCUGCGGUAUGUCUACCUCUUCUGGACCUGCGUGCCGUUCGCCUUUGGGGUUUUCUACUUGCCGGUGGGCUUUAUCAUCAGCUAUGUGAAGGAGUUCAAGAACUUUACGCCCGGAGAGUUCCUCACGUCGCUGCAGGUGUGCAUCAACGUGUACGGGGCAUCGGUGAAGUCAACGAUCACGUAUUUGUUCCUCUGGCGGCUGCGGAAGACGGAGCAGAUGCUGGACACGUUGGACGGGCGGUUGCAGACCGAAAGCGAUCGCCAGAAGAUCCACAAUAUGGUGGCCCGCUGCAACUACGCCUUUCUCAUCUAUAGUUUUAUUUACUGCGGCUAUGCGGGAUCCACGUUCCUCUCAUAUGCGUUGAGUGGUCGUCCGCCCUGGUCGGUGUACAAUCCGUUCGUCGACUGGCGCGACGGCCUUGGCAGCCUGUGGUUACAGUCCAUCUUCGAGUACAUCACCAUGUCCUUUGCCGUGCUGCAGGACCAACUGUCCGACACGUAUCCUCUCAUGUUCACCAUCAUCUUUCGGGCCCACAUGGAUGUGCUGAAGGAUCAUGUGAGGAGUCUGCGCAUGGAUCCGGAUAAAAGCGAAGCGGACAACUAUCAGGAUCUGGUCAACUGUGUGAUUGAUCACAAGAUAAUACUGAGAUGCUGCGACAUGAUCCGUCCCAUGAUAUCCCGCACAAUUUUUGUGCAGUUCGCGCUAAUUGGAUCCGUGCUGGGACUCACUCUGAUCAAUGUGUUCUUCUUCUCCAACUUUUGGAAGGGCGUGGCCUCGUUUCUGUUUGUCAUCACCAUCCUGCUGCAGACAUUUCCCUUCUGCUACACAUGCAAUCUUCUAAUCGACGACGGCGACGAUUUGGCCAACACCAUUUUCCAGUCCAAUUGGGUGGAUGCCGAGCCGCGGUACAAGGCCACCCUGGUCCACUUUAUACACAAUGCCCAGCAGCCGAUUAUCUUUAUAGCCGGCGGCAUAUUUCCCAUUUCCAUGAGCAGCAACAUAAGCGUGGCCAAAUUUGCUUUCAGCAUUAUCACAAUAGUGCGACAAAUGAAUCUGGCCGAGAAGUUCCAGUAAAACGUAGAAGUUUCACGAUAUUAUCCUGCACUUGAGACGGAACCGGACAAAGUCUGCGAUUUGCAUAAAAUUUGUAUAUGUUAUGGCUUAUCCGCAUACAAUUUUGCCUGAUUUAGUUGGUAAAUGGUAAUAGAAUGUCGGAGAAUGGAGGGGAGAUUUAGUGGCCAAAUUUUGGUAAAUUGUGUUAAGAGACGGAAAUUACAACAGCCAGACGUCGACAAUCGCUACGAAUGGAAAGAGCAGCCACCAUUCCACUGAAGGAGCAGCCACUAGAAGCACAUAUAACUGUUUACAUAUUGUAUGCGAUUUUUAUUUAAAUUUUAUGUUAAACACGUGACUUGUAAACAGCAAAACGGGUGGCGAGGCGAGGC